AUGUUGUGCUCCAAGCACCAUAAAUGGUUCCUCAUCUCUAUAUUCUUUGCAUACAUUGCAACAAUGACUAUCAGUUCAUUCUUCCUAUUCACCAAGCAUCCAUGUACAUACCAACAAAACAUGAUGAUUGAAAGAAUGAACAAAAGGAAUGAUGAAGCAGUUAUUGUAUUACAUUGGGAGAUGAAGGACCAUUGGGCAGGAUGGGGAAAGAAUACAAAGAUACUUUGGGCAGGAUAUAAGGAUGAAGAAGCAGGACAUUGUCGUAACAAUUGCAAGUUCACUGGCCUAAGAGAAUUGAGCUCAACUGCCGAUGUUGUACUAUUCGAACCUCAACUAUUUGGUAGACGAGGCCAACAAUACCCACCUCUAAAGCGAUGUGGACAAAAGUACAUGUUAUUCUCAUACGAGACAUCUGAUUACUUUCCAUUACAUUCAGACUACAAAUACCUAUCACAUAUGGAUUGGAGAAUGACAUUUGAAAGCAAGUCAGAUGUACAGGUUAGCUUUGUAUGUGGAUGGGGCAUGAGCAAUGGUAUUGAUGCUUAUCGUGAUCCUGUGCCAGCAUUGGGAGAGAGGAAGAAGUUUGCUGUGUUUGUAGCUUCAAACUGUGGAUAUGGAGGUGCACAUUUGCGUACGAAAUACGUUCUGGAACUGAUGCAAUAUAUACAAAUUGACUCUUAUGGCAAAUGCAUACCAAACCAACCCGAAGAUGCAUUGGUCAACCUAGAUGAAAAGGAACGAUUCCAAGCAAAGAUGGAUCUAUUCAAACAAUACAAGUUCGUGCUAGCCUUUGAGAAUAACAAUCAAACUGACUAUGUAACUGAGAAACUACCUCAUGCAUACUUGGGCCAAUCAUUGCCAGUGUAUAUGGGCGCGGAUAAUGUUGAGGAGUGGACAGCUGGACAUAAUUCGAUUAUACGGACUGAUCAAUUCAAGUCACCAAGAGACUUAGCAGACUAUUUGAUCAAAGUGUCAGAGAAUGAGACAUUGUACAAUAGUUACUUUGAAUGGAAGACGCAACCACUCAAAGAGAGCUUCCAAAGACAUUAUAACAACUGUGUCUUCCAAGCAGAGUGCAGGGUAUGCGAUCUCGUACGUCAUGAGCGUAGUAAACAAGCCAAACUCAUCAACAAUACUCAUAAUGUUGGUGGUGGUGGUGGUGGUGGACUAUCUCAUGAUCGAUCAUUGGCAACAGACACUGGAGAUGGAGGAAUAAUACAACCAUUAUUCUCAGACUAUAUCAUCGAUGACAAGUUCUAUCUCAUUCAAAAGAUCUCAAUGGCAAUCAUCAUCAUCAUAUCAAUAUUAUACUUUAUCAUCUUUGUACUUGAACCAUGCCAUCAUCCAAGGUGA